GCGUGUGGACGCUGAAGUCAAGAUGGCUGCUGUGCUCAGGCAGAGCGAAGAGCCUGCUGCGGGAAGGCCGUGAGAGAGGACCCGCACCCCGCACCCCCGACCCGAGCCCGCCGACCCCGGAGCACCGCCCGCCGCACACAGCCGCCGGACCGCCAGCACCCCGAGGAGCCGGCCUCGGAUGAAUCCCGACCGGGAGGAGGACCGUGAGAGUGCGACACCGCAGGCCCGGACCAGCCCCGCAGGAGGGCCGCACAGAGAACACGAGGAGCCUGAAAUAGAAAACCCAGAAGCAAGCCGAAUGAAGCGAGCAGCUGCCAAACAUCUAAUAGAGCGCUAUUACCACCAGUUAACGGAGGGCUGUGGGAAUGAGUCCUGCUCCAACUCAUGGUGUGCCUCGUCCGCCGGCUUCGCCCGCAUGGAUAACAACGCGGCGGCCGUCAAAGCCCUGGAGCUCUACAAGCUCAACGCCAAGCUAUGCGACCCCCACCCCUCAAAGAAGGUCACUGCCUCGGCCUACCUGGAGAGCAGCGCUCACAGCAACUCCGCCUGCAGUGACAGGAAGCUGAACCAUAGAGAUGUCCACUCUGUCCGGGACAACUUUAAAGAUGUAAAUUUCCUGACAGAGGAGAAAGUGUAUGAGAUCUUGGACAUCUGUGGAGAGAAGGAAGAUUACUCCCAUCUGAUCCGGGUCAUAGGUCGGGUGUUCUCCAGCGCCGAGGGCCUGGUGCAGAGCUUCCGGAGGUCCAAACCCCACACCAAAGAGGAGCUCAAGUCCCUCCAAGGGAAGGAUGAGGACAAGGAUGAGGACGAGAAGGAGGCAGCUGCCUGUUCUGCCACAGCGAUGGAGGAGGACUCCCCCGCCUCCUCCUCCUCCUCAAGGCUCGGAGAGGGCUCCUCGGGAGAAAACGACGUCCAGAAGCUCGCCCCGGAUGAGGUGUCGGUGGACAUCGAUGCCGUGCGGCGGGUCUACGAGCGCCUGCUGUCCAACGAGAAGAUAGAAGCCGCCUUCCUGAACGCGCUGGUCUAUCUCUCGCCCAACGUAGAGUGCGACCUGACGUACCACAACGUGUACUCGCGAGACCCAAACUACCUUAACCUCUUUGUCAUCGUGAUGGAGAACAGCAACCUCCACAGCCCAGAGUACCUGGAGAUCGCCCUCCCGCAGUUCUGCAAGGCCAUGAGCAAGCUCCCGCUGGCCGCCCAGGCCAAACUGGCCCGCCUGUGGUCGCGCUACGGCGCCGAGCAAAUCCGGCGCAUGGUGGAGACCUUCCAGCAGCUCAUCACCUACAAGGUGAUCAGCAACGAGUUCAACAGCCGCAACCUGGUCAACGACGACGACGCGGUGGUGGCGUCCACCAAGUGCUUGAAGAUCGUCUACUACGCCAACGUGCUGGGCGGAGACCUGGACACGGAGCACAACGAGGACGAGGACGAGGAGCCCAUCCCGGAGUCCAGCGAGCUCACCCUGCAGGAGCUGCUGGGCGAGGAGCGGCGGAACAAGAAGGGCCCCCGGGUGGACCCGCUGGAGACGGAGUUGGGGAUCCGCACCAACGACUGCAGGCGGCCGCUCGUCGCCUUCGAGGAGUUUGUCAAUGAACCUUUAAACGAGGUGCUGGAGAUGGACAAGGACUACACUUUCUUUAAGGUCGAAACCGAGAACAAGUUCUCCUUCAUGACCUGCCCCUUCAUCUUGAACGCCGUCACGAAGAACCUGGGCCUCUACUACGACAACCGCAUCCGCAUGUACAGCGAGCGGCGCAUCACCGUGCUCUACAGCUUGGUGCAGGGUCAGCAGCUCAACCCCUACCUGAGGCUCAAGGUGCGGCGAGACCACAUCAUCGACGACGCUCUGGUCAGGCUGGAAAUGAUCGCGAUGGAGAAUCCCGCAGACUUGAAGAAGCAGCUGUAUGUGGAGUUUGAAGGAGAGCAAGGUGUUGAUGAAGGAGGUGUUUCCAAAGAAUUCUUCCAGCUGGUGGUGGAGGAAAUCUUCAACCCAGAUAUUGGCAUGUUCACGUACGACGAGCGCACCAAAAUGUUUUGGUUCAACGCAUCGUCGCUGGAAAACGAAGGCCAGUACACUCUGAUCGGCAUCGUCCUCGGGCUGGCCAUCUACAACAACUGUAUUCUGGACGUCCACUUCCCCAUGGUGGUCUACAGGAAGCUGAUGGGCAAGAAAGGAACGUUCAGGGACCUAGCGGACGCCAACCCGGUUCUAUUCCAGAGUCUGAAGGAGCUGCUGGAGUACGAGGGCAGCGUGGAGGACGACAUGAUGAUCACGUUCCAGAUUUCCCAGACGGACCUGUACGGGAACCCGCUCAUGUACGAUUUAAGGGAAAAUGGGGACAAGAUUCCAGUCACAAAUGAAAACAGAAAGGAGUUUGUGGCUCAGUACGCCGAGUACAUGCUGAACAAAAGCGUGGAGAAGCAGUUCAAGGCGUUCCGGAGAGGCUUCCACAUGGUCACCAACGAGUCUCCGCUCAAGUACCUGUUCAGACCGGAGGAGAUCGAGCUCCUCAUAUGUGGAAGCAGGAACCUGGAUUUCCUAGCACUCGAAGAGACGACGGAAUACGACGGCGGUUACAACAGAGAUUCUCGAAUCAUCAAGGAGUUUUGGGAGACGUUGCACUCGUUCGGUGAGGACCAGAAGCGCCUCUUCCUGCAGUUCACCACCGGCACCGACAGAGCACCCGUGGGUGGGCUGGGCAAGCUGAAGAUGAUCAUCGCCAAGAACGGCCCCGACACUGACAGGUUACCGACGUCUCACACCUGCUUCAACGUGCUGCUGCUGCCCGAAUACAGCAACAAGGACAAGCUGAGGGAGAGGCUGCUGAAAGCCAUCACCUACGCCAAAGGCUUCGGCAUGCUCUGAGCCCCGGCCCCCGCCCCCCAGAAAACGGACUCGUUCGCAGAAAGCCCAUCAGACCCUGCCCCGCCCCUUUCCUUUUAUCAGACACAAUCUUAAGAGGUGACGAAAAGAGUAUGUUGUGAGGAAAAGCAAGUCAAUAAAGAGAGAGCGGAGAAAUGGUUUCGGAUAGAGCGCUCCGGUAGUAGUUCUUCUGCUGUGCCUGCAUCGUCUCCCACGUCAGUCAGUGUAAAGCACAGAGACCCCCCCCACAUCCACGCUAUGUGAAUGUGCAGCAGCCUCCCCGUUUUUUUUUUUU